GGCGAUCAAACCCAAAGAUGUGGAAAAGAUCGCUGGCCAAAGAAGCAUUGUACGAACCAGAAAACCUUCCAAACAAUCUCAAAUGCAAUCAUACAUCUAGGGCAUUUCAGUGCAGUAGCCUAACAAUGAGAGAUUUAUUAACCUUCCAUAAUAGAUUUUACUCAAGCCAUCUUAAGUUAAAACAGGAUGCCUUAAUAGUGAAGUUUACUCAAGCCUUGCCUGUAAAGAGACGCCGACCAAAAAAUAACACUCAUUCGAUGAAGUCUUUCCAAACUAAAUAUUUUAUCAGCAGUUGUGAAGGUUUAUUAAUUCCUGUUUGUCAACAGUCUUUUUUAAGCACGUUGAAUAUUAGUAGAAGCCGGGUUCAACGCGUAAUAGAGAACUUUAUGAAAACUGGUACAAACCCAACAGAAAAUAGAGGCGGAGAUCACAAAUCUAGUAAAUAUAAAGACAAAAAAGUUGCAGUUAUUGAUUAGUUGAAAACCCUCAAGUGUGAAAGUUCACAUUAUUGCAGAAAUUCUUCUGUAUCUUGGCACAGAGCUAAACAUAAACAAACUUUUUAGAAUGUAUAAUGAUCAGUCAGCUCCCGAUCUUAUGGUAAAACGUUCCUUUUUUUGGAGCAUUUUCAGCAGUAAAUUUAACUUGGGAUUUGGACACCCUGUCACUGAUGCCUGCUCUACGUGCAUUCAAUUAACUUUAAGAAUAAAAAGUGAAACAGAUGUGACCAAGAAAGCUAAACUUAUGGCUGAAAAACAUGUCCAUAAGCUCAGAGCUAAGGCAUUUUUUGAACUUGCAAAGGAUAAAAGGGAAGAUCUCAACACUUUUUGUUUUGACUGUGAGAAAAAUUUACCACUUCCCAAAAUACCAGACCAAGCUACAUAUUACAGCCGCCAGCUGUAUCUUUAUAACUUUACCAUUACUAUCGGUUGCUCCAAAGAUAAGCUGGAAAAACAGAACGUGUUCUGUUAUACCUGGACUGAAGAUGAACACAAAAAAGGGUCCAAUGAAAUUGCAUCAGCACUGUUUCACAGACUAUCUAACACCGAUUUUCAAAGCAAGAAGGUAAUCCGUUUAAUAGCAGACGGCUGUGGCGGCCAGAACAAGAAUAUCACGGUGAUCUCUGCAUGUUCAUUCUGGUUAAGCAAAAAGGCCCCUAAUAAUAACGAUGGAGAUAGUGUUUCCUGUUACUGGGCACUCCUACAUACCACCAGAUCGUUUUUUUGGUAAUGUUGAGAAAAAAAUCAGGACCCAUGAAAAUAUUAUUAGACCAGAGGAAUAUAAAAAUAUCAUCUCUGAGCAUGGGACUAUUCAAACACUUGGAACAGAUUGUGAGGUGGCGGAUUUCAAAAAAGCUGCUGAAGCCGUUAUAAAGGCCACAAACUUGUUGCACUUUAAAAUUUCUGAGUGCAAGAGAUUUUUUAUACGCGAAAGUGCUAGGUCUAAUAGCAUUUUGGUAAGAGGUGAGCCAGUGUACAAACACAACCUUGAAUAUAAGGCAAUAACCAAGAAAAACAGGAGCCUUGAUAACUUCCAGCCUGCUAUUAUACCAAAAUAUGACGUAAAGGUUAAGCAAGAGAAGGCUGAUAACGUCAAAACGUUGCUAGUAAAACAUUACGGGCCAAAGUGGAAGAAGAUGAUGAGUUGUACUUCAAAAUUUUGCACGAGGCAACCUGGUCCCAGAGUUAAAAGAAACUCAAG